AUGGAUAGUCAGAAAUGGCGGGCUGACCACGCCGUCAACGUUGAUCUCAUUCCAAGAGUAUAUCUUAAAAUUGGGAGUCCAUUUAACAAUACCAUUCAGAUGGGAACCCAUGAGGCGCAUUCAAUGUGGCAAGGCACGUUGAACCAGCCAAGAUCUAUCCAGCCUGGGUUUAAGUGGAGAAACUACCGAUUAUCGGUUGGGGGUGUCAUGGUUGGGGGUGGUUUCAUCAUCCUCCUAUUUGUAAAUUUGCUGCAGCUACUUAAUCCUUCUUUUUCACACCCUUUGUGUACUGAUUCAAGGGCACCCUACACCCCCAGGACUCCUCUGGGGUUCUGCCCUUACAAUGGAACUGUGUGCUGCAACUCGGCAGAAGAUUUAGGUUUGCAGAAACAAUAUGAAGCAAUGAACAUAACCGAUGCUGGUUGUGCUUCUCUUCUCAAAUCAAUCCUCUGUGCGAAAUGCGAUCCGUUUUCAGCAGAACUAUUUACGGUUAAGUCCGUUCCAAGACAAGUUCCUCUACUCUGCAACUCUACCAUUUCAGCAAAUUCAACACAAACUAACCAGCCAAAAAGUGAUUUUUGUGUUGAAGUAUGGGAUACAUGUCAAAAUGUGUCUAUGAUGAAUUCACCCUUUGCGGCAUCAUUGAAAGGUCAAGGUGGAACUCCAGUUAAUUCCAAUGUUACCAGACUGACUGAUCUCUGGCAGUCAAAAACAGAUUUCUGUAAUGUUUUUGGUGGACCUUCUGUUGAUGGAUCAGUUUGCUUUGAUGGUGAACCUGUCACUCUUAAUACAACAGGAACUCCAAGCCCUCCAAGUGGUAUGUGUCUUGAGAAAAUAGGGAAUGAUUCUUACCUCAAUCUCGCCCCUCAUCCUGAUGGGUCUGGCCGCGCCUUCUUCUCUAACCAGGCGGGUCAAAUUUGGUUGGCAACCAUUCCAAAACGGGGUUCUGGAGGAACACUGGAGGUUGAUGAAUCCAAUCCCUUUCUCGACCUAACCGAUGAAGUUUAUUUUGAUACUGAAUUUGGAAUGUUGGGUAUUGCAUUUCAUCCAAACUUUCCCCAAAAUGGGCGUUUCUUUGCUUCAUUCAAUUGUGAUAAAACAAAGUGGCCUGGAUGCUCGGGAAGAUGUUCGUGUAACUCGGAUGUGAACUGUGAUCCUUCAAAACUAGGCACUGAUAAUGGUGCCGCACCAUGCCAAUAUCAAAGUAUUAUAUCAGAGUUUACAGUCAAUGGUACCGCAUCCAAGCUUUCCUUGGCUACAAGUGCCCAACCAUCAGAAGUGAGACGGAUAUUUACAAUGGGCCUUCCAUUCACAGCUCAUCAUGGGGGUCAGAUUCUUUUUGGACCCACUGAUGGAUAUUUGUACUUCAUGAUGGGGGAUGGUGGCGGUGUAGGCGAUCCUUACAAUUUUGCUCAGAACAAGAAAUCAUUGCUUGGAAAGAUUAUGAGGCUUGACAUUGACAACUUUCCAACUGCUGCAGAAGUUAGUCAGCUUGGUUUAUGGGGAAACUAUUCUAUCCCCAAGGAUAAUCCAUAUUCUGAAGAUAAGGAAUUACAGCCUGAAAUAUGGGCCAUCGGAUUAAGAAAUCCUUGGCGGUGCAGUUUUGAUUCUGCGAGGCCUUCUUAUUUCAUGUGUGCAGAUGUAGGGCAGGAUCAAUAUGAAGAGGUGGAUAUCAUCACCAAGGAUGGGAAUUAUGGAUGGCGUGUUUAUGAGGGCCCCUACCUAUUCACUCCCCCACAGACACCUGGAGGAAAUACAUCUGUGAAUUCCAUAAAGCCAAUUUUCCCAGUGAUGGGAUAUAACCAUUCUGAUGUAAACAAGAAUGAUGGUUCAGCCUCAAUCACAGGUGGAUAUUUCUAUCGGUCAACAGCUGAUCCUUGCAUGUAUGGAAGGUAUUUGUAUACGGAUCUUUAUGCACAAAUCAUAUGGGCAGGCACUGAAAACCCCGAAAACAGUGGAAACUUCACCACCGGCCCGAUUCCUUUUAGUUGUGCUAAUGAUUCUCCUAUAAAAUGUAGCUCUGUGCCUGGAAGUUCACUUCCUGCUCUGGGUUACAUUUUCUCAUUCGGGGAGGAUAAUAGUAAGGAUAUAUUUCUUCUAGCAAGCAGCGGCGUGUAUAGAAUUGUUCCUCCAAGUCGGUGCAAUUACGCUUGCUCAAAGGAGAAUGGCACUGCUGUUGUGACCCCAGGUCCUUCUGCUUCACAUCCUUCAGUAGCAAGCCUGUUGAUGAACCCAUACACGAAUUUGGUGCUGCUGUUGUCUUUUCUUUGGCUUCUUCUGCAGGGUUUUGUAUAGUAUGUAGCAAAUGUGAAAUGGUGCAUCUGGUGGAGAGGUAUUGGAUUCUUGUACUAUGAAAUAUCCUCUCUCUCUCUCGUUUUUAGGGGUUGAUUGCAAGAGAUGUAUCAAUUGCUUUUGUAUUUUUGGCGAUGGUGUAUGAUAAGUUGGUACUAUAUUAGAAUCUGAAUCCUCUUU